CAGCCACGACGAUUCACACUGACUGCGGAUGCUUGCUCGCCUGAAAUAACAAUAAUAAAAAUAAUGGAAAUUUGCUGUGGUGAAAAAUGGAGUCCUAACUGUGGAAAUAUUACAAGAAGGUUGCAAUUGUAGGCUGUCGUUGUAAAAUAAAUAAUAAGGGGAAAAAAAUGUAAUUUAGAAAUCGAGAAAGUGUAUAACGUACAUUAUUAAGCAUAUAUUUGAUAUGAAUAUGCAAUGGUUAUUUAAGCAGAAACUAGCAUUUAUAGGCACUUGGAUGCGUUCUCCUCAGCUGGCAGUGUAAGCAAUAGCAGUGUGGUUGUCAAUAAAUCACACACAAAGGAUAAUGUUCUGAUAAUGACUCAGGCCGUGCAGACUAACGGGGUACAGCCCCUGAGUAAGACAUGGGAACUCAGCCUGUACGAACUACAGCGGACUCCCCAGGAGGCGAUCACAGACGGGCUGGAGAUUGCUGUCUCCCCGAGAAGCCUCCACAGUGAGCUGAUGUGUCCGAUUUGCUUGGACAUGCUGAAGAACACCAUGACCACCAAGGAGUGCCUGCACCGCUUCUGUGCCGACUGCAUCAUCACAGCUCUGCGCAGCGGGAACAAGGAGUGCCCAACUUGCCGAAAGAAGCUGGUGUCGAAGCGCUCUCUGCGCCAUGAUCCGAACUUCGAUGCGCUGAUCAGCAAGAUCUACCCGAGCAGAGAUGAGUACGAGGCCCACCAGGAGCGCGUCCUGGCCCGGAUCAGCAAACACAACAACCAGCAGGCAUUGAGCCACAGCAUUGAGGAGGGCCUCAAGAUCCAGGCCCUGAACCGGCUCCAGAGAGGGAAGAAGCACCAGAUUGAGAAUGGCAGUGGGGCAGAGGACAAUGGUGACAGCUCUCACUGCAGCAAUGCCUCGGUACACAGCAAUCAGGAGGCGGGGCCCAGCAUCAAGCGGACAAAGACCUCCGAUGACUCGGGCCUCGACAUGGACAACACCACCGAGAACGUGGCGGGGGACCUGGCGCUGGACGGGGCCAGCGAGAUUGAGCUUGUUUUUCGGCCGCACCCCACACUGAUGGAGAAGGAUGAUGUCACACAGACCAGUAUUCGGUUUGUACCCAGGUACAUUAAGACAUCGGGAAAUGCCACAGUGGACCACCUUUCAAAAUACCUGGCAGUACGGCUGGCCCUGGAGGAGCUUCGCAAAAGCGGGGAUGCCAACCCAAUUAAUGUGGAGGCAGCGAGUGAGAAGCAGUACACUAUCUACAUUCCUACCACCAGUGGCCAGUUCACAGUGCUGAACGGGUCCUUCUCGUUGGAGUUGGUCAGUGAGAAGUACUGGAAGGUCAACAAACCUAUGGAGUUGUACUUCGCACACACCAAGGAGCACAAAUAGUUGCAGGACUACGGACUGCGAACUAUGGACUGCGAACUAUGGACUGCGAACUUUCUAAUCUGUUGUCUCGGUUGGAUUUCCUGGCUCCAGAGAGCAAGCGCUGCUUUUUUUAUAAUUUAGUUUUUGUACUUGAGUCCCAUAUUCUAUCUGUUUUAAUAGAGCAUUUGCACCCUUUAAAAAAUGAUAAUCCUCCACUAUAAAUCAAUUUUCAAGUUCCCAGGAAAACAUGUAGUAACCUUUAUUCAGUAACUCCGAAAAUUAUUUCAGAAAAAUCGUGAAUCUGUGCAUGUAAAAGCUGAGGGUCAAAAGCACUUGCUACAGUUUGUAUACACACAGGCAGAAUACACCUUAUAGCUCAACGAUUGCUCCUCAGUCCUGACCACAAUAUCUGCUGUUAUUCAGUCCCAAGCCUUUCUAAAGCCAAGAAUGCUGAAUUGUUAGUGGUUUUGUUAGGUGAAUUAAGUUCACUGUGGCCUAAGCCCAGCAGCCUCCUUUCACUUAAACCCAGGUUUCCAAUGUGAAAUCAACCAGAUAACCCAGUGUGCCACCUAGCCCCCUACCCUGAAACAACCAGAACUGCUCGCAGCACUUAGUUAUUAUUGUAAAGGAAGCAGGCAUUUACAUUUUUUGUUGCAACAGUUUCAGAGGGGCACAUUUAGGGCAAAAUGAUUAGGCAUGUAACCUGACAAGAAAACCCAGUUUAAUACUGAAAUAACACUUAAGGCUGUUUUUUUAUUAUUAUUUCUUUUCAAUUAGUUUUAAAGAAUAAAAAUAAAAAACAGUAUAAAAGGAACUACUCUGGUAAACUACUGGUGGUGGUUCGUGUUUUUGUGAAUGUGUGUGACUGAGUUUUUCUUUUCUUUGGGAAAACAGGUUUUAGGAGAUUUGUAUUAAAUUGCCACUUGUUUUCUCAUGAAAACGGAAUCCAAUUCAACAUCAGGAGACACUGAAUGCAGUGUUUGUUUAUCUACCACCUAGAGUAUUUGUUGUACCAGGAAACAAACCAUAAAAUAGUUAACAGGUUGUACAUGAUCCAUGUGGUAUGUAAAAACAGUGGGGCUUCAUACUCUGAUGACAAAGUCAAAUUAAAAAGGUAUUUGGUGUUCCUCUUCUAUUUCCAACUGUUUUCCAUGUUGGAAUUGUAUUUUUCAAUUAGGACAGAAUUGUGUGUUAUGAUGCAUUAAUAAUAGUUCCCCAACACAUUGGACUCUUUUUAAAAUAAUCCUUAAAGGCUUUCCUUUUGGAAUAAAUACAUGGUAUCUGCAAUAUGACUUUGAAGUAUUUGUUCUCGGUUUCUGUCUCGUUAUGGGUUAUAUACGCUGGUGUUAACUUGCCUACAUCUGCUACAUUUGUAUUUUGGAACUUCCUCUACAGCAGGUACAAGUUUAAUUUUCACACCAAAUAAAUGUCCCCCUUUAUUUAUGACUUAAGUGAUUUUGAUUAAGAGGCAUUCCUGGGGGGCUGCCGAGUGGUGCAUCCAGUAAAGGCACUCCAUGUGGAGUGCAGGAUGCGUCCCAUAGUCUGGGCAUCACUGGUUCAAGUCCAAGCUAUUCCUUUGCCGAGCGAGGACAGGAGCUCCCAGGGGUUGACACUCAAUUGGCCAAGCACUGUCCAGGGUGGCCAAGGCUCUGUGGUCCAGCCAGGCGCCUGAGGGCUUGCCUAUAAACUGUCCAGGGCGCAUUGUCCUCCUAAAUUAAAAAAAAAAAGGCAUUCCUUUGUGUACGAUUUUACCACUUUUGGUUUCUGGUACUUUUUUAUUUUUUAGAUAGUUCUUCUAUUUGCAGUGCAUACAUGUUUUUGUUUAGUAAAGUUAUAUACUGCACUGCCAUGUUCAAGUAUGAACUGCUUCUAUGCGAAUUGUAAUUUUCACAUUUAUUUUACUUGCUCCCUACAAAUGUUUUACUCCUGUGUACCAGGAGCAAACAUCAACUCUUGGCUACUGUAAGUUUUGAGAAUGCUGUAGUUUAGUAUGCAUGGGAAAGUCGUAGAGGACACGGCUAUUAAAUCACCUGCUGCAAGUCUGGCCAUUUUAUUUAACUUGCAAAGCUGGACUGAAAUCAAUAAACUCCAAUAUUCAUUC